UGUUCUCAGAACAAGGAAAACAAUCCCUUCCCUUCUCCGGUCCCUUGAUAAGAGUUUCUGUCCAAUAACGGUGCUCUCUGCUCUGAGGCACAUUUAACUGUGAAGUUUGCAGCGGGAGAGGCUUUCCUUCAAGCUGUUAGUGUUUUAUCCUGGCAGGCUCCUCGAGAUUGUUGUGAGGAGUCUAGCCAGUUGGUGAGCUUUGUAAUCUAAACCAGCUGUCCCAGGCUGAGGCCCCCAUUUGCAUUGUUUAACAUACUUAGAAAAUGAAGUGUUCAUUUUUAACAUUCCUCCUCCAAUUGGUUUAAUGCUGAAUUACAGAAGAGAACUAAGCAAAACCAGGUGCUUUCUCUGUAUUCUCUCCAGUGUCUGAGGAGGUACAGACUGCUCCCGAUCUUCUCCAUUACUUGCUAUUUCAUUCUUUGGACUAUAAAUGACUGAGGAACUGAAGUGCUAGCAGAGGGUAAUGUUUGGAAACACUUUCUAGUUAUUCAUCAGCACAGGCUCUGGUUUUUUUCCACCUUUCCCCAACAGUUUUGGACAUGCAAGGAUUAAAAAGGAUACUGACUGCUUUCACACUGGCCGUCUGCCUUUCGAACCCUGGAAAAGCACAGCAACAAUGCACUAAUGGGUUUGACCUGGACCGUGCCUCUGGGCAAUGCUUAGAUAUUGAUGAAUGUCGGACUAUUCCUGAGGCCUGUAGAGGAGAUAUGGUGUGUGUCAACCAGAAUGGUGGCUAUUUAUGUGUACCCCGAACAAACCCAGUGUAUCGAUCACCAUAUCUGAAUCCUUACUCAAAUAUUUAUCCACCGCCCCCAGCACCAGGCCCAGUUCCUAACUACCCUACUGUUACAAGACCUCUGAUCUGUCGAUUUGGGUACCAGUUGGAUGAAAACAACCAGUGUGCUGAUAUUGAUGAGUGUGCUUCAGAUUCUCACCAGUGUAACCCCACCCAGAUCUGCAUAAACACUGAAGGAGGAUAUACUUGUUCCUGCACUGAAGGCUACUGGCUGCUAGAAGGCCAGUGUUUAGACAUAGAUGAAUGUCGCUAUGGCUAUUGCCAGCAGCUCUGUGCCAAUGUGCCCGGUUCCUACUCCUGCACGUGCAACCCAGGCUUUACCCUCAAUGAUGACGGAAGAUCAUGCCAAGAUGUGAACGAAUGCACAGGCGAAAACCCUUGCACUCAGUCCUGCGUCAAUACCUAUGGCUCUUUUCUCUGCCGUUGUGAACCUGGCUAUGAACUGGAAGCUGACGGAGUUAACUGCAGCGACAUGGACGAAUGCAGCUUCUCAGAGUUCCUCUGCCAGCACGAAUGUGUGAAUGGGCCUGGUUCUUACUACUGUAUCUGUCCUUCGGGCUAUAACCUGCUUGAUGAUAGCAGAAGCUGCCAAGAUAUCAAUGAAUGUGAAACUAGAAACUUCACCUGCACUCCACAGCAAACGUGUUUCAAUAUCCCAGGAGAAUAUAAAUGUUUAGACCCAGUAAGAUGCGAGGAUCCUUAUAUCCAGAUUAACGAGAACCGCUGUAUGUGUCCAGCUGAAAAUCCUGGCUGCCGAGAUCAGCCAUUCACCAUCUUGUACAGAGUCAUGGAUAUUGUGUCUGGGCGGUCAGUGCCUUCUGACAUCUUUCAGAUGCAAGCAACAACUCGCUACCCUGGAGCCUACUACAUCUUCCAAAUCAAAUCAGGGAAUGAGGGCAGGGAAUUCUACAUGCGGCAAACGGGACCGAUCAGUGCUACCCUGGUGAUGACCCGUCCCGUGAAAGGGCCCCGUACUAUUCAGUUGGACUUGGAAAUGAUCACUGUUAACACCGUCAUCAACUUCAGGGGAAGCUCUGUCAUCCGGCUGAGGAUAUACGUAUCACAGUACUCAUUCUAACCCUUGAGUUGGUGCCCUGUAAACAUUAAAACAAAAGACACGGCUCCUCCUCUGCAGAACUCUCUCCUCAGAAGCCAGUACGUAUAGCAGCUCAAAACCAAGUCAGUAUUUCCACAGACCCAGCGACCUAUGCCUGUCUGAGGAGGGAGGCCUCUUCAUGCACAGCCCCUACCAGGACGCAGUCUUCUGGAGGUGUAUCGGCAGCAGAUCCCAUACGAUUCUCUAUGUGGUCAUGUAUUUUAAGGACUCAUUUUUCCAUUGUAAUCACUUCUAGGGUAUGAGUCUACGUUUCAAAGACUGUGAACCUUUGUAGCUCCAAGGCAGCUUAGCAAAAAGCACCAAAGAAACUGAGGAAAAAGCUGGCUUUUGCAAUCUCGCCUGUUUUUCUUUUUUUUUCAUUAUAAAUGGAAAGCAAACGAACAAGUAGAACCUUCUCCCCAACCCCCCAAAAAGUCACCUGUUGAAACAAAGGAUCUCAGAAGUGCUAAUUUACAUUCCCAGUUAUCUUUGAAAUUAUCGGUCAGGCACUUUGUCUUAAUUCACCCUGCAUUUGUCUUACUUUCACCUGUUUUUCUUUGAUUCUAUUUUAUACUUAAAAUUCAUUGUAAAUUCAAUCCAAAAUACAUGUUGUACUAUGUAAUCUUCUACUUUCUAACAAAGUGUCACAUCUUUGGGUUCCUUUCUGUAUUAAAUCUUUCUAUAUAACAGAGUUCAUAGAAAUCUAUCACUGGAUGGCAUGUUUUACAAUGUUUAGGGUGUUAUGCUUAGCUACAGCCAGAUUCUUUGGCACAGGCCUCCACUGCCAGAAUAGUGUCCAGGGGCUUCAGAGCAGGUGAGAAUUAGAACUUUCACCUGGUUUUCAGUGGAAUAAUUGCAAACAGUUUGUGAUGGUUAUAAGGUAACAGUACUACCUUUGUAGUUAAGGCUGCAGCUGACCUCCUGUUCAAAGACCCCGUGGCUGAGAUGCGUCCAAAUUCCUUCAGAGAAAAAAAAAAUGUUCUGUUCAUACAGUCUUUCUCCUACAUUCCUAACAUUAGGGGAAACAAGCUGGAAAAGACUUGGAAUGUUUGUAUGAUACAUGCCUCUGCCACAAAGCAGACCCAGCUAUACCAGUACCCAGGCCUUGAGUGAUGGGAUCCCACAGUUUUCCAUAGGUAAUAUCUUCUCAGGUAUAAUUGCUGUAACCAAUAGAAAGUUUUUCCUAAAGUCUAAUCUGAAUCUCCCCUGUCGUAAUUUAAAUCUAUUCUUUUCAGCCUACUUCCAGUAGAAACAGAGAACAGUUUAUCUUCCCCAUGCAACAGUCUUUAACAUGUCUGAAGACUGUUGUCAUGUCUCCCCUCAGACUGUUCCUCUCUAGUCUAAACAAACCCAAUUCUUUUGGUCUUUCCUCAUACAUCACAUUUUCUGGACCUUUGAUCAUUCUUGUUGCUCUCAUCUGGAUUCUCUCCAGUUGGUUCACAUCUUUCUCAAAGUGCAGUGCCCAAAACUGUGAAAAGUAUUCCAGCUGAGGCCUCACAGUGCUAAGCUAAAUAUAUAUAUAUAAAUAUAUAUUAAAUAUAUAUAUAUAUUUAGGAGUUUGAAAAUAAAACUAAAAAUAAUUGUAUAGUUUGGAAGUAUAAUCCUCACCUUGUUGAAGCCAUUGGCAGGUCAGUGUUUUAUUUUGUAAGAACAAGGGUUCCUAUACUUUGUUAUUAAAUUUCUCUGAAGCAACUGCUUUUGCUUUUUUCCCCUACUUUUUCCUUACUGGUUUAUUUGCUCUCCAGCAUUGCUAGGAUAAGAAACAUAACCUUUGCUUGGCCUUUUUGAGGACUGAAAGUUCUUAAUGCUACUUGGGAAAGGGAGUUAUGUAAAUUAUAAUGAGAAUAGGCUGGAGCAGAGUAGAAGCAUUAUGUGAGGUCUUCAUUAAAGUGGGAGUAUUAAAUGGGAGAAUACACAGUCAGAAAGUUAUCACAACACAGGCUGCAUGGCACGAUCAGAAAAAUGACUCUCUUGUUCCCAAUAAGCUUAAAAGUUAGCCUGGGGUUAUUUUUCCUCUCCACUACUUCCACUCCAGUAGAAGUGACUGCUCUUUUUACCGGUACUUAGCUCGAAAGAAGCCUGAUGCAAUGGCCCACAGCAACAAAAUGCUAAAUUGAGUGUGCUUUAGCAGCUUCCAUUCCUUAAUAAAGUUUCCUCCUCGAUGAUGCAACAUCCUGGGGUCCAGUGGCUCAGAGCUCUGUACACAGGCUGUCCUUUAUUAUAAAAACAGAACAGAUCGAGACUGACUUUAGUGGGCCAAGCAAGGAGCAGGAAGCCAAGGAGUUUUGUGAGAAGCCAAUCUGGAGGAGAUAAAUGUAGAGGAAACCUGCAGAGGAACAUCAGAAACAGGAAGGUGCUUCUUGAGUGUGUCCAGGCUCAUCGUACGCCACCCUCUUGGAGGGGAAAAUAGAAAUGCCCAAGAAGGAGGAAUGUUAUUUUAUAACCACGGGCUAAAGCUGUGUGUGGGUCCCAUGUUAGAAGGAAUGGAGACAUGGGAAACAAGCGGGCUCUGGUGGCCCAGAAAGCAGACGUGGGGCAGGCAGGAUCUUAAACUAGGGGCAUUAAACUCUCAAUGUGCUGAGGGUUUUACCAGUGCUUAAAAGCCUUUCUUCUCCUGCUUUGUGUCCCUGUGUUAUCACUUCUUUGUGCCCAGCAGAGGAGUUCUUUCUCCUGCCAUCACAUCGCCUUCUGGAGAUGAAGUGCACUCCCUUAGAUAUCAGACAGUUCCUCACUUCUGGGCUGCUCUCCCAUGGCCCCCACAUACCAACCUGGUUUAACCCUAAUUUAGAAACAUUAAAAAAACAACACAGAGGAAUUCUAUAACAAAACACUUUGUUAAAAGAGUAAAGCUUGAAUGCCUGGUUUUAGCAAGGUCCAGCAAAUACUCAUAAAACAAUAUUACACUUUCUAUAUAAACAUUCUGCGCUUUUUAAAAAAAAGUGAAAAGUCUGGAAACAAAGGAAUUCAGCCACUUCUCAACCGCCAUAACAUCUUUCAUCACUCACUAUCACUCCAGCCAACUUUAACUUCGCCAAAAUAUAUGCCAAUCUCAGAAUAAUAAAUUACUAGCAGUUUAUAACAUCUAAACUCUCCAUUUCCUAUUCAAGGGUCUGUUUUCAAUAGACCAUCACAGGCUCAUAUAUUACAGCAAUUCUCACCAAAUAAAAAUAAAAAAUAAAAAUAAUAUAAAAAAAAAAAAAGGAAAGAAAUGAAUACACAUGUAAGGUUUUUAUGGGAUUAAAGUUAAAAAUGCAAGCUUGCAACUGCUGUAUGCAUACUUGUUCUCCUUGGAGGCUGGGCCACUCUACAAAUAUAUAGAAUCCCAGCUUCAGGUCUGGGAUUUUAUCUGGGUGUUCCCAUUAGAGGAUUUUCUAACAUGAGGCUUGUUACCAUACAGUUCACAGACAAUGUUCUGGCCAACACCAGAUAAGGGCACCGACCUGGGCCUGGGUACGUGCAGCGCAGUGUGAUGAGGCCAUGGCAGAGCUGGGGAGGGACGGCUUUCUUCCUCGCCUGCCUCUUGGCUGUCAUAUCUGUGUAAACACAGGCCCUCAGCAAAGGGAUUGCCUCUCGGUACGUGUUUGUAGAGCACCUAUUGCCAACACAAUAAUUGGAAUAAAAGUAAAUAAGAGCAGAAAUUACAGAAAUCCUUGAUACAGAUCACAGCGACUGGGAGGGAGAACAUAUUCCAAGAAAGGAGCCAAGUGAUUCAUGCUAUUUGGGCUAGGUGCCAGGCGGAAAAGAAUGGCAAGAGACAAAUGAUCCGGUGCUGUAGAGUUGGAUGGGUCCUACCUAGCAUAUUUGUCUUUGAAAUAUUUCUAGAAGACUGGCUAUUUUUUAACACAGACAACAGAAUAUUAUUUCAGAGUUUAUUAUUUUAAGAGUUUGCUGGAUCCCACAGAAUUACUUUUCAACUUGUGCGUCUCUGAUAGCAAUAAUUUUGGUAUGAAUAGCUAAGCUUCCUGGAGUGCCUGGUCACCCGCCGUCACCGAGGUAGCAUUCGUUGCCAUUCCUGUAGGGCUCUCUCUUUCUCAGCUGGGGAGCCUGCCUUCUGUUGGCCCAACCUUUACACGAGUCAGCUUUCAUUGGCUCAGGAAUGUGGUAUUUGCAUCAGCACAACUUAUGAAUUCAUUUAUCUCUACCUAGAACAAGCAGAGCAAUAGGAUCAAUACAGUCUGUGGUCAUUCGAGUUUUCCAAUCUGGCUUAUUCACAAAAUUUGCUGCUGAAUCUUUUCUGUAGCAUGUAGCUGUAUUAUAACCUCAUGAAAAUUCCAUAGUACAAAGUUGUUUCGAAAAUAAAAAAAGAAAUAAAAGUAUGCCCUAAUGUUAUUUAAGCCUGAAAGGUACCAUUGUUGAAAUAAAUCUGGAUGGAAAAAACCUCAGCUGGUGUUAAUUUGCAUGACUGCUGCUUUUCAAUGGAAGGAUAAAAAGCAUACUGAGGCUCUGCCCUGUGUGCGUGUAAAGCACUGUGGAUGUUUCUGUAUACACGAAGAAUUGAUGUAAGCCAAAACUAGUGAUAAUUUAGUCUGCGUUUGGAAGUUAAAGAGUUUUAAGGUGACAUGACACAAGAAAAUUGUGUGUUUUCAUCUGACAUGAGCAUUUAUAAGUGAUUUAAACCGAUCACAUUCUGUUGUUUUAGGUCUUUGAAACAAUUAUGACUAGCUCAACCCAAAAGCAGGUGCCAUGCAUGAAAAUUGAAGCUGAUGGUUAUCAUUAGACCUUCUGCAGAAAGCCUGCCCAGAAAGGCAACCUGUGCUGAAGAGGCAGUACAGUAGGGAGUGUAAUGGCCCAGAGUACUUGUGCGGGGCUGUCUCUGACCCUGCAAUUUUUUUCCUCACCUGUUUCAGUGCAGGGUGCAUCUGAUGUUUGUGCACGUAGGGGGUGGCCAUCUCACCUAUUGCAGAUUUUAUUAGUUCAAGCUUCUGAGAUCCCUGUAGUGAUUCCCAUUGGCCAAACUGAUCCCUGUGUACUCAAGGAAUAUUGGUGAAGUCACAUGAGGGAGCGUUUGGGUACCAGGCAGACACACUUUUACACUGCUAAGUGAGUAACGAUGCAGUAACCUUGAUGUAAGAACUGAGGAAUGUAGCUGGAUAAUAAAGGGAUCUUUAGAAAACACUUCAGCAACCAAAAACUCCCCAAAUAUUCAAUCUCCUUCAACUCUCUACAGGGUCCCAGUAUCACUCAUUCUCCCUUUCGAGUUUGUCCUGGACAAGUGAUCUCGUUAUGGUCAUGCACUGCAAGCACAUGCUGAGUGCACUCCGCCUCUGCUCUAGCACUACCUAACAUUUUUCACUUUGCUUUUUGGAGACCAUUUGUAGGUUCCUUGUCUCUCUUAGUCUCUGACUGACCUCUCUUGCUUUUCUCAUAGCCAAGGCAAACCCUUUAUUUCACUGCAAGGUUCCUCCACGCCCACCAAAAAGUUCUUCAAGUGUUUUGCUGGAAACGCAGGCACUAUGGUGGCCCUCCUGCUGCUCCUGUACCCCUCUCUCUGCAGUGCAGCAAGCACUUGGCCUGAUGGUUGAAAGGAUUGCCCAGCCUGCUGCCAGAGCCUAGUUUCACAAAGAGGUUUUAAAAAUAAACAGUGCACCCCUCCCACUCUGAAGGAACCAGCUGCUCUGUUAGGUCCUGAUGAAUCACUUUUCUCCUGAAAUUGGGUCAGUGAUUGCUAAGCACCUCACAUCAGGUCUGGAUCUAGCCCAGUUUUAAGUCUUGAAUCUCAGUGUCAGUGGUAUAAAUGUAAACAGAUAUGUAUUACUUUGACAGUAGAGUUGAAAGAUUGUUUCUAGUAAAUAAAUAGUAGUAUGACUGCACCCUCUCUUUCUCUGUGGGAACUAUCUUUGGGUACUUCAAGAUUUUCUGAGACAACCUUUGGCACUUGAAGAUUCUCUCUGGUAUUUCAGGCCCCACACUGGUGUGUUUCCAUGAAUGAUUCCUCACCCCUAGUCUUCAAAGGCCAACCCAGACCCUUGACUCUACACAUUUCUAAACUAUCAAUCCGUGUGCAAGUCUUUGCAGAGUCAUGACUCACAGCUCAUUCAUAGAAAUUGUUCCUUGAGUUAUCUCUGUAGUUUGUACGGGAUUACGUUGACUUCCUCAAGUCUCUGUUCAUGGUGCGUGCACAUGUGUUUUUCAGGACAGGAACCUCAGUCUGGAGACUGUUCAUCCACAACUUGCUGCAAAUGUUCUGUAUUCAACAAGUGAAAUCAUAGCUACAAAGGUUAGUUUUGACAAAAUCCUCAAAACAUAUGGUGGUGGGAGUUUUUCCUGUCUGCCUCUGCAUAAUACAAACACAAUUCAAAAGUCCAGCCCCAGAGUUCUCCAGUAUGCAUAAUAAAUCAUUGUUCUUAAGAAAUUUCACCCAAUAAACUCAUUCUGUAGAUUAUUUGAAAUGCAAACAAAGAGGUAGAAGUCAUGCCAAGAUUACACAGAUUUGUUAUUCAAAUCAGUAUCACCAAACCUGCAUCUAGUUAAUCAUUUUAAAAGAUUCCUUUGGACUUUGGCAUCUGAUGUCAUCCAGGUAGCGGAGGGGGGACAGAAAAACCAGCUGCUUCCUAAAGGAGCUGCCCUACAGAGAUCCUGGGACUCCUACAGCAAGCGCAAAGAGCUGCCAGCCCUAGUCAGCACCCCACGUCAGUAAAUAAGGCAAAAAACUGGUAGAGAUCAGUCCUUAGCUGGAGGAGAGAUAUGUUCAUUCACUUCUUAAUGAUGCCAAAUAGAGAUUUACCUGAUAACGCGUAUAAAAUUUCUCAUUGUGUUUAUAUGUAUACAGAAAAUUUUAAGUGACAUUCCCAAGCUGUGGCCAACCACAUGCAUACUCCCUGCAGCGAGCUCUAGCGUAACCCUCUGCCAUUCAGUGUGAGUUACAACAGUGUAAGUGACAGCAGUCAUUCCCAUCGAUUAAAAAAACGAGAAUUAGUGAGGAAUAAAAUUGCAACUGAACCAGAAAGUCAACAAAAAAAAAAAAAAAAAAAAAAAGAAAAACCUUUGUCUUUAGUUAACCUUCAGUGCUUUGGUUAUGAUAUCAUUGCUGUGGACAAAAAUAAUGAAUCAGAAACUCAAAAUACCAAAAAGGAGAUUAUGUCUUUAGAAAGAUAAGCAUCCAAGUAGCCUAUAAACAGCUCUGGAAUUAAGACAUUCUACAUGAAGUCUGGAAAAGGAAGAAUUAACUCCUAGAAAUCCAGCAUCCUUGUCUCCUACCAGCAUGAUUAAGCAAAGAUGAGCCUUACCAGUGUACAAAUGUAUGGCUGGCUGACAUAUGGACUACAGCAAAGGCAGGCAUGAUCAGAGACAAGGAAAGUAUAAACCAAGAUCAUGUAGAAGUACUAAGGAAUGGUCUCAGUUUGCAGGGUUUCUGAGACAAGUCUUCUCUCUCCUGCUGUAUAUGAAGCAUUUUAACUUUUUUUCAGACCUUUGAAAGAUAGAAAACUGUUCACAAUCAUUUCAUUAUUUUU